AUGUGGCGGACUCUCAUGGUGAUGUUUCCCGUGCACAUCGUGCACGCGUUGCGGACUGAGGUGGGUGAUGCUGAGUCCGUUGAUCAGAGGGCUUAUUCACUGCCGCGACGGUGCUCGAAUGGCCUCUUCAGUUCCAGCCAUUGCUGUUCCUGCUCUGAGAUAAACGGUCAGAGACUCGAGCCAGAACUGGGUGCAGUGAUUGACACUUGCGAGUGGGUAACGAAAGAUGGUGUCAUACACGGGAAGCCUUGCUGUGCUGUGUGGGCCGUCGACUGCAGCGAAGAGGAGCCACAGUUUCAGCGAGGCCUCAACCGCGACUGCAUCGUUACAAAGGAAGAGUGUGCAGACUCUGAGUGUUCCGACGUCUACAAGGAGCUUGCUGCAGCGAGACAUGCACUGGCGAAGGCGCAGCGCGAUCGUCCACAGAGGAAGAGCUGGGAGGAGCAGGGCAUUGUCAACGGCAAGAGCAACAGCCCCUGGAUGUGCCCAUGUGCCUGCGGAAAUAUUGUAGACCUGGAUCCCAAACAGAUGACCUGCAAGUCAUUGAAUGAAAAGGCAAUAGUUUGUCCUUCGGUCCGUGCAUGUUGCUCGGAUCUGGUCGAGUGCGACGCGGAUGCUCCCUGGCCGAAGGCGGUUCGGAACAACACGGCAGAAAUGGGCAAUGUGAGAAGCAGCUCCGACGAAAGAAUCAAGCAGCUUCGCGGGCAGGUUGCCAUCUUGGAAGGUUUGUCCGAUGAGUGCUACGACAGUUGCAGCAUCGCGCACAAGAAGGUGUGUUUGAACGACCUGAAGGCGGUGGUGCAGUCCGGGAUAUUGGGCAAAGACGUAACGCAGCAAGAAGUGGAUGCUCAAAUGCAAAUGACGGCUAUGGCCACAUCCGCUGCGACCAGCAGAAAAGCGCGUGACAAGCUGAUCCAGGAUUUGAAUGCCGAGCAGAGGAGGAAGAACCAUGCUCGCGACCUUGAGCGACAACGUGCUUGGCGUGAGAAACAACUCAUUAAGUUGGCCAGCUUUCGUGACCGUGUCUACAAUGCAGCAGUUGACUCACUCAGAGGGGAGGAGUGCUGCAAGUGCAAGAUGAUUGAAAAGAAUCGCAUAUCGUUGUUGGGCAAGACGACGUUCGUGGUCGACAUCUGCUCCGCUCGUGCUUGCGAAGCGUACAAAGGUAUGUGCACGAAACUGGACAAAGGCUUCUGCAGCGAGUACAUGUUCGCGGGCUGCUGGCAUGGACUAUCUAUGCAUCUUAGCUUCGCCGUGCUGCUCAGCGUUUCAUGCGUUUCCUUCGUGGUACUUGCAGGUCCUCCGAAGGCACCGCAGCUGGCCUCGCUUGGAGGAGCUUUGGCACGACUGCGACCGCUGGCUGACGCACUGAAGCUGUGGCCUGCGGCAGCUUACGCCAAAUCGGACAUCCACCAAACAAUGGAUUUCAGAUCCGAUCCCCACUGUGCAGAAGGGGUGUCGGCUGAGCCUACGAAGAUGGUGGGCUUGACUCCGCAAGAGGUCGCAUUUGCCGAAGAACUCCUCGAGCAUGACGCAGAUGAUACCACGUCCUUACUGGAGGAGGCACCCCUCGAGCUCGAGCUGACGAUUUCUCCGCCAGGCUUCUUGGAGCUGCAGCGCUUGCAUGAGGCUGUUGAGGCAGACGAUGUGGAGCCUUUGCAGGCUGCAAUUCUGCAAGCGCAGGAUGCAGGCGUGUCCGCCGAGGAGGUGGCCUUUGCUGUCGCUGUUUGCGCUCAACGCAAAGAGCAGCGCAAGCGACAAGCACUGGAGGUUCUGCAGAAGGUCAGUGCCUCCUGCAAUGGCAUGUCAGGCAUCGUGAAGCUGCGGUCGGCCUUGAUGCUUGCACGCGCGGCAGGGGUUAGCCCUGAAGAACUUCGGCCUGCAGAAGAUUUGCGCGCUGUUUGUGAAGCCAAAGCUCGGCAGCUGCUUCCAAGUUCAUUGGCUAUACACCGCCGCGAUGCUGGCCAACCUCGCCCAGGCCAACGCUUGCGAUGGGCUGAUGAAGUUGGCAUCUCAUCCACCGUGGAAUUUCCGGAGCUGGCCAUGAAGCGAAGUUAG